AUGGUGGUUCUGCGAACGAAUUUCAUUCCAAGUCUUCUUCUUCUCGUAACCUCACUUAAUCACAAUUUGAAGCAAUGGAUCCCGCGAAACUUGCGAAGUUGCAGGCCUCUGUUCGUAUUGGGUAAAUAUUUCCGCCUCCUACCAGAAUUUCCGAAGAUCAUCGGAAAUGAUAUUUUUGCUGUUCAUGUUAAGAAGGUUCACAAGAGCGCUGGAACCGAUGACAAGAAGCUUCAAACUGCUCUCAAGAAGCUCAGUGUUCAGCCUAUUCAGGCCAUUGAGGAGGUGAACAUGUUCAAGGAGGACGGAAAUGUCAUUCACUUCGCCGCCCCCAAAGUACAUGCGGCCGUUCCCGCGAACACUUUCGCGAUCUACGGUCGCGGGGAGGACAAGGAGCUCACCGAGCUUGUCCCCGGCAUUCUCAACCAGUUGGGCCCUGACUCCCUUGCAUCAUUGAGGAAACUCGCGGAAAGCUAUCAAUCUCUUCAGAAGAAAGAGGGUGAGGAAGCUGGUGACAAGAACGAGGAUUCGGAUGACGACGAUAUCCCAGAGCUCGUCCAGGGCACCGAUUUUGAGAGCAAGCCUGAUGCAAGCAAGUCCGAGGAGAAGUCUGAGGAGAAGGCUGAAGAGAAGGCUGAGGAGAAGGCUGAGGAGAAGGCUGAGGAGAAGGUAGAAGCUUAA